AUGAGUUCCUUGAACAUAAUCUGCCCAAAUGCAAAAAGGGUUCAAAUAAAAACCACUCCAAUGAUGCUGAUGAGGCAAGUUCUCGAAGAAGCUUGUCUGAAAAGUGGUUUUGAAGUAAACAGUCAUCGUCUUCAAACACAAUCUCGUAAACCCAUUGACUCUUCUCUUCCAUUUCGACUCACCGGACUCGCCAACAAUGCAACUCUCGAAAUGACACAAAAGGAAGCUGUAUCCGAGAAUACGAUUAUUGAACUAGCUAUUCAGACUGCUUCUGGAGCUCGCCAUCAGAAGAAAGUAGGUGUAAACCAGAUGCUCUUAGAUGCCUUGAAAAGUUUCACGAGCGAGUUCAAAGAAGAUUUAGCGACGACAAUUGAUGGAUCCGUUCCGUGCAUUGUCUACAUGAAUAAGCGGUACACUGGUGCCGAGCUCGCUGUCAACUCUCUCUCGAGCCUUGGAGUAGCAUCUGGAAAAUGCCUUAUUCGUCAUAUGAGAGUUAAACUUAGUGAUCAAGAACUCGCAACAAUGCAAGCGAAAUUGCAAGAAGAAAACGAAAGAAAAAAGGCUCUCGACGUGAAUUUUGUCAAAUUGAAAGCUGAAAAUGCUGAAAGAGAUCGUUUGGAACGAUUGCGACAAGAAGCUUUCGAUAAAGACAAAGAAUCUCGAGAAAAGAGAGAGCAAGAGCAAUUGAGAGCUCUUAUACCGGAACCUGCAUCGAAUAUACAGGAUAGUACCGUAAUGGACACUACUGAGUCUCAACAACGAGAUGUGCUUCAAGAGGUUCCUGAGCAGAAUCCAAAUUCAUGGUCCUUUGACGGACCGGCGUUUUCUCGUCAAGUACCUCAAAACACAAUGAGAAUGGAAGAAUUAAAUCGUCUUCUCGAGCGCGUAGAUCAUUCGCUAGCUACACCUGCAGUGGAAUCCAGAAUGGAUGCAAUGGUCAACGCAUUGGCAGAUGGAGGAAGAAUUUCACUUGCUGAAGUUCGAACGAGAGCCGAUGUUGCAAUGGAACAGGAGCAAGAAGAAGACCCAGUCGAAGUUUUUGCAAAUCCAUGCGAUAGACAAGCAGUCAUAUACAAAAAACGAGCAAGAGUGCAAACAACUGAUGAGCCAAUGGAAACAGAGGAAUUUUUCGAAGUUGGGAUUGAAGAUGUUCGUAACAUGCAGAAAGAUCUUCGAAAGGCUGUUCGUGAUCAAACUCAAGCAAGCUUCAUUUCUAAAGAAUACCUGGCAAAGAAGAAUCGUCAGUUGAAAUUAGAAGCCUACAAACACACUGUCAUUCGUAUAUCGAUUGGAGAACACAUUCUUCAAGUGUACUUUAAUACUGCCGAACAAAGCUCAAAUCUUGACUUGUUUUUGAAUAACGUUUUGACUAGAUCUGGAUGGAAACUCAUGUUCACUAAUCUGAAAGUGGUCACAAACGAAUUGAAAAACUUUGUCGACAUCGAACUCGCGCCGAAAUCCACUUUGAUCGCCAGUUUCGGAGGACAAACAGUGAAUGCAGCAGAUGUCGUACACAAUGUGAUCGAGGUUACUCCAGAAAAGGCAGAUGCGAUGUCAGCGGACUGGCUCUCGCUGAACAAAACUUUUAUGCCAUUCAACUCAACCGUCAAUGAUGACCGUAAACAGAAGAGACCUCAAUUUCAAUCAUCUUCGUCUUCAUCGCAUUCGGGACCUCCUGCCAAAUCCGCUAUGCCAAAAUGGCUGCAAACAGGAAAAAAAUGAUAACGUGUUUUUUACAAAGUGUAAAUGUCUAUACAUAUUGCUUCGGUGAAUUUUUAAUGUGAUUCUUUCUUUCAUAAUGUUAUUCCUCUAAUUUAAAUGAACCAUUAAAAAUCAA